GUUGGAAAUCUAAAAUUCUGUGGUGUGCAUGUAACCUUGAAAUUUUCAGCCUAAAUUACAAUUUCCCUUUAAUGUAAAAAAUUCUUGUGAUUGUGAGAAAAAACCAUUUAGUAUGUGUACCCCAGCCUGUAGAGAUCCUGAAACUAGUUUAAUCUCAAGGGUCGGCCAAUUUUUAUUCCAACCCAUCUGCAGGGACACCGUUUUAUUUCACUACGCUCCUUUGCUGGGAGCUGCGAAUUAUGGCCUACUCUCCGUCAACGUUAUUAACCCUAAUGUCUUGGCUUGCUAUUUCCCGAACCGAGAUGUCACCAACAUUCUGUUUCUUCACUCCUUCACUGGCCUUGGUCUGCAUCUCUACAGUCGACCACACUUGUACUGUUUACGGAAUCCCCAUAAAAUGAUAUACGGUGUUUACGGCUCCUUGAUUUUCAAUUUCGGCUCCGUCCUGAUUUGGGUAAUCCUCGGUCGCUUCCUGUGCAGCCAAAAGCCGAGCACCUCAGUUUUCGUGGGCCUUGGCUCGGGUCUCACGCUUGGUUUAAUUGGCAAGUGGUAUUUGGACCACGUCGAUUCCACCGUCCCUCACUAUUCCAGUUUCUCCCGUAGACAAAGACCCAUACAACCCAUGAACCCGCGGGAGAGACCUGCACUUUCAACUUCCUGCUCCUCCUGCUAUUUUUCCAAAAUUUGAUCUACGAUUGCGCCAACCAAAGGUGCUCCAUCCAGCAGUCGGAGCCAACCCGAACUGAGACCGUGUUGCAUACAAGUACAACAACGUUGUCCGACUGCUUUUGGCCAAUGUAACGAAUAGGAUGGGCAACUUCCUCAUCAAACAUAUCUCGAUCGACUCUCUCUUCUCCGCCUGUGUCCAGCAUCUGCCUCCAUCCAGUUCGAUUCGAUAUCAAGGUGAUAGAAUGCAGAGGAAUGGUAUAUUUUCUAAAAUUUUUGGUGCAGAGGUAUAGCAUUCCCGCGGGAUCAAAAAUCUGCUGAUUAUAUUGAAAGAAAUAAACAACAAAUCAAGACAGUGAUUAAUAGAAAUCCACUGAAAAAAAGAACGGAUUUGACCGGCGGUGAUCCCCGAAAAUUUCUCCAGCAUCGCGCGAAUUUCUCUCGAAUGAAAGCUUCCCAAAUAAUACAUGAUGUUAGCCAAGCUUUGAUAGCUAAUUGCACAAUCCCAGUGGUCAGCUCUACUUAUUACGCUCAAGUUUUGCAGGAGCGCUAAUUCAUAAUAUCCCGCCUCUACUAAGAUCAACAUUUCCGUUGCGUUUCGCAUUUCCGGUUCACCGACAUGAUCCAAAAUUUACUGGUUCUUUUCCACCGUGUUCCUUCACUUCUUCCGCUCC